CGACUCCCCCCACUCGCCGGCCACCACGAGUACCAUCAGUAGUUCCCUAUCCGCACGGCACGCGCCGGCACAACUGAUUCCCACCGCCCACCAUGCCGGACGGCGACGCGGCCGCGGCCGUGAACUUCUGGGGCGAGGAGCCGGCCACGGAGGCCGAAUACUACGCCGCGCACGGCGCGGAGGGCGAGUCGUCCUACUUCACCGCGCCGGGCGGGCGGCGCCUCUUCACGCGGGCGUGGCGGCCCCGUGGAGGUGGCGCGGCGCCGAGGGCGCUCGUAUUCAUGGUGCACGGCUACGGCAACGACGUCAGCUGGACGUUCCAGUCCACCGCGGCGUUCCUCGCCGGCUCCGGCUUCGCCUGCUUCGCCGCCGACCUCCCCGGCCACGGCCGCUCCCACGGCCUCCGCGCGUUCGUCCCCGACCUCGACUCCGCCAUCGCCGACCUGCUCGCCUUCUUCCGCUCCGUCAGGCGGCGGGAGGAGUACGCCGGGCUGCCGUGCUUCCUGUUCGGGGAGUCCAUGGGCGGGGCCAUCUGCCUCCUCAUCCACCUCCGCACGCCGCCGGAGGAGUGGGCCGGCGCCGUGCUGGUGGCACCCAUGUGCAAGAUCUCCGACCGGAUCCGCCCGCCAUGGCCGCUGCCGCAGAUCCUCACCUUCGUCGCGCGGUUCGCGCCGACGCUGCCCAUCGUGCCCACCGCCGACCUCAUCGAGAAGUCCGUCAAGGUGCCCGCCAAGCGGCUCGUCGCCGCGCGCAACCCCGUGCGCUACAGCGGCCGGCCGAGGCUCGGCACCGUCGUCGAGCUGCUGCGCGCCACCGACGAGCUCGGCGCCCGCCUCGGCGAGGUCACCAUCCCGUUCCUCGUCGUGCACGGCAGCGCCGACGAGGUCACCGACCCGGCCAUCAGCCGCGCGCUGCACGACGCCGCCGCCAGCAAGGACAAGACCAUCAAGAUAUACGACGGGAUGAUGCACUCCUUGCUCUUCGGUGAGCCCGACGAGAACAUCGGGCGCGUCCGCGCCGACAUUCUCGCGUGGCUCAACGAGAGAUGCACGCCAAGGGAGGGCACCUUCCUGACAAUACAAGAUUGAUUAGUACUUACCAUUCAGGAUUCAUUCCACUCCAUUCAGAUUGUGAAGUAGCAAUGCACCAAAAAUGACAACUUUGAAAAUUUGCAUUGCUUCUAUAUAUAUAUAAAUUUGAUGAGCUGCUCAGUCAGGUUUACAUAUUUUAUAUGCCGUAAACAUUUUAAGUCUCCUGAGCAAUGAAAGAAUGUUUCCGGUUUGCAAAGCUUGCCGUUGUAUUGUAUCACCAUCAGCUCUCUGCCGGCGCUGUUGGGGGCAGUACAAGGCGCUCUCUGCCUUGUACAAGCUUGGCAGAACGAAUUAUAUCUCCAGUUUUAAUCUGUGAAAGAACUUCUCUUCCAUCUGUAGUAUACC